AGCACAAGCCGAGCGGCGGAGGGCAGCCGUGGAGCCGCCGCCCCCUCACCGCUUCGCGGCUGUUUGGGGAUCCCGGACCGCGGCGGCGCCGGGUUGUCCUGAUGGUCCCCGGCCGGCGGCGGCGGCAGAGGCGGCGGGAGGAUGACCUCUCCCCGGGAGCGGGGUGCCGACCUGGCCCGUUUCUACACUGUCACCGAGCCCCAGCGACAUCCAAGGGGCUACACGGUGUAUAAGGUCACCGCCCGGGUUGUUUCUCGGAGAAACCCAGAAGAUGUCCAGGAGAUAAUCGUAUGGAAGAGAUACAGUGACUUUAAGAAACUACACAAAGAACUAUGGCAAAUUCACAAAAACUUAUUCCGACAUUCAGAAUUGUUUCCUCCAUUUGCUAAAGGGAUAGUGUUUGGACGAUUUGAUGAAACUGUCAUCGAAGAGAGAAGACAGUGUGCAGAAGAUUUGCUACAGUUCUCUGCCAAUAUCCCCGCUCUUUAUAACAGUAAACAGCUUGAAGAUUUUUUCAAGGGUGGAAUAGUUAAUGAUGGUUCUGAAUUGAUUGGACCUGCGGAAGCUUAUUCAGAUUCCCUUGUUGAUAGCUUUCCGGAGUGUAGUACUGAAGGUUUCUCCAGUGACAGUGAUUUGAUAUCUCUUACUGUGGACGUGGAUUCUCUUGCUGAGUUAGAUGAUGGAAUGGCUUCCAAUCAAAACUCUCCCGUUAGAACUUUUGGUCUCAAUCUUUCUUCGGAUCCAUCAGCAUUAGGGGCCGUUGCUUCUGACAGCGAACAGAACAAAACAGAAGAAGAACGGGAAAGUCGUAGCCUCUUUCCUGGCAGUUUAAAGUCCAAGCUUGGCAAGAGAGAUUAUUUGGAGAAAGCUGGAGAAUUAAUAAAGCUGGCUUUAAAAAAGGAAGAAGAAGAUGACUAUGAAGCUGCUUCCAAUUUUUAUAGGAAAGGAGUUGAUUUACUCCUAGAAGGUGUUCAAGGAGAGUCAAGCCCUACCCGUCGAGAAGCUGUGAAGAGAAGAACAGCAGAAUAUCUAAUGCGAGCAGAGAGUCUCUCUAGCCUUUAUGGAAAACCUCAACUUGAUGAUGUCUCUCAGCCUCCAGGAUCACUAAGUUCAAGGCCCCCUUGGAACCUAAGGAGCCCUGCCGAGGAGCUGAAGGCCUUCAGAGUCCUUGGGGUGAUUGACAAGGUUUUACUUGUAAUGGACACAAGGACAGAGCAGACAUUCAUUUUAAAAGGUCUAAGGAAAAGCAGUGAAUACAGCAGGAACAGAAAGACCAUCAUCCCCCGCUGUGUGCCCAACAUGGUGUGUCUGCACAAGUACAUCAUUUCUGAGGAGUCGGUAUUUCUUGUGCUGCAGCACGCGGAAGGUGGCAAACUCUGGUCAUAUAUCAGUAAGUUUCUAAACAGAAGUCCUGAAGAAAGCUUUGACAUCGGGGAAGUGAAAAAAUCUGCACUCACUAAAGUUCACCUGCAACAGCCAACUUCUAGUCCUCAGGACAGCAGCAGCUUUGAGUCCAGAGGAAGCGAUGGUGGAACGAUGCUUAAAGUUCUGCCUCUGAAGACCAGUCUUACUCCAAGCUCUCAAGAUGAUAGCAACCAAGACGAAGAAGGCCAAGAUAGCUCUCCAAAAUGGCCAGAUUCUGGCUCAAGUUCAGAAGAGGAAUGUACCACUAGUUAUCUGACCCUAUGCAAUGAGUAUGGGCAAGAAAAGAUUGAGCCAGGGUCCUUGAAUGAGGAGCCUUUCGUGAAGAUCGGAGGGAAUGCUGUUGAUCCCAGAGUUAUCGAAAGCUUCCCAGCGCGCCUUGCUGCUGACAGUGGCAGCCCCAGCACCCAGCACAUAGCUCACGAGCUGAAGUUCUUUGGUGGAGAUGAUGACCUAGAAGCAGAUAGUUCUCCAAGAACGUCCGAUUCCCUUAGUAGAUCUAAAAACAGCCCCAUGGAAUUCUUUAGAAUAGACAGUAAGGAUAGCACUAGUGAACUCCUGGGCCUUGAUUUUGGAGAAAAAUUGUAUAGUCUAAAGUCAGAGCCUUUGAAACCAUUUUUCACUCUUCCAGAUGGAGACGGCACUUCCAGGGGUUUCAGUACUAGUGAAAGCAAGGUAGAGUUUAUAGCUCAGGACACCAUUAGCAGGGGCUCAGAUGACUCUGUCCCAGUUAUUUCUUUUAAAGAUGCUGCUUUUGAUGAUGUCAUCGGCACUGAUGAAGGAAGGCCCGAUCUCCUUGUAAAUCUACCUGGUGAACUGGAGCCCAUCAAAGACGGUGAAGCAAUGGGACCCACUCCGUUUACACAGACUAAUAUAGGCAUAAUUGAAAGUAAAUUGUUGGAAGCCCCUGAUGUUUUAUGCCUCAGGCUUAGUACUGAACAACGCCAAGCAAGUGAGGAAAAUGGCACAGAGGAAUUGAGUGAUCCCUCCAGGCCUAAAUCCCAUAGUAUAGCGGAGAAACACAGCGCGCAGGGGGAUCUUGGGAUGUUGUUUGUAACAGCCGGUGAUCACAGUAGUUCAGGAGACAUGUCUUUGUUACACAGCUCGGAUCCUAAGUUGCAAGGACUUGGAGCAGUUGAGUCUGCAGUCACUGCAACCAACACAGAAGAAAGCAUAUUCCAUAUUUCUAACCCACUCUCAGGUGCUAAUGAAUAUAGUGUAAACACAGACACUUUAAAAACUGAAGAAGUAUUGCUGUUUACAGAUCAAACUGAGGAUUUGGCUAAAGAGGAACUGACUUUGUUUCAGAGAGACUCAGAGACUAAGGGAGAGAGUGGAUUAGCACUAGAAGGAGACAAGGAGAUACAUCAGAUUUUUGAGGACCUUGAUAAAAAAUUAACACUAAACUCCAGGUUUUACAUCCCCGAGGGCUGCAUUCAAAGAUGGGCAGCUGAAAUGGUGGUAGCCCUUGAUGCUUUACAUAGAGAGGGAAUUGUGUGCCGCGAUUUGAACCCAAACAACAUCUUAUUGAAUGAUAGAGGACACAUUCAGCUAACGUAUUUUAGCAGGUGGAGCGAGGUUGAAGAUUCCUGUGACAGUGAUGCCAUGGAGAGAAUGUACUGUGCCCCAGAGGUUGGAGCAAUCACAGAAGAAACGGAAGCCUGUGAUUGGUGGAGUUUGGGUGCUGUUCUCUUUGAACUUCUUACUGGCAAGACUCUGGUUGAGUGCCAUCCAGCAGGAAUAAAUACUCACACUACUUUGAACAUGCCAGAAUGUGUCUCUGAAGAGGCUCGCUCACUCAUACAACAGACGAAGGACUGCAACAACACCAGGAUGGGGAGCGGGUCACCAGGAUCAAAGCGCAAUCAAGAUGACAUCACUCCCUGGAACUGGAUUUGGACUCACCAACUCCCUGGGCUCAUAACAGGAACUCAUGCAGGACUGGACUACCCCUGAACCAAAUCCAUACAUGUCAUCAGACUAGAUCAGAUCUAUUGGAUCCUAUUGGAUCUACCUUACCAGGUAGAAGCCUGUCGUUCAGUUGUGUACUUAGAGAAACAGUAGUAACUUCCUCUGACGGUGGCAAAGUACUGAGAAGCAGGACUCCUGUCUCUCCACCCUUCCUUUAAUGCUGUAGGUCUAGGUGAUUGGGUUGGGCUGGGGUUUUUGUUUGUUUCUUUUUUUUUGGUCUGGCCUAGAACAGGGAACUGUUGCUGCUGCUCCCGGUUUCUGGGCUCCUCCACCUGUGGGGUGUGAGCUCACUGCUGUUCCUCAAGUCCUUCAGCACAGCCACUGUAUUGUCUUCUCACAUGCCUGGCACCCGGAUUGGAAACAUAGUAUCUAAAAUUAACGAGUUCUUUCCGUCCUGGAACUUUGCACUCACCUUUAGAACUCAAAUGAGGGCUUGGCGAUGACAGAAUUAAUCUGGGAAAUUGGAUGCUCCAAAAUAAGACUUAAAGACCCCAUCCCUUAAAUAUACUGGACCCGAAAUGGAGAUGAUUAUGUAUAUUUUGGGUUUAAAAGAGUUUUGUAAAGAAAAUUUUUGUUGCCACGAGUUUUUAGUUUAAUUGCCUGGCAGGGUGGGAAAUCCCAACACAACAGCGUGGAACUGGGGCAUGAAAAGCAGCAAGUGAGACGGAUUUAUGAAGCCCAUAAAUAAAAAUGAAACUCAUUUCAUUGUCCAAAUUGAGUGGAAAGGCACAAUCUAUCCCAAUUCUGAUAAAUGGAAGAAUGGGACAUACAUAGAGGAAAGUUCUUUCCAUUUUAAUAAGGCAAGAUAAUGGGUGUGACAUAACUGAGGAAUUUCAGAAAAAAGGACAUUUCAGUUUGCCAGAUUUGACCAAGGAGGCAUGUUACCCGUAUCCACUCUAAGGGAGAAAAUGCACACUUUCCCAAAAAGAAGUACAAUCGACUGCAUGUUUAAACAGUGCCCAAAUGAGCAUUUUUUUUUUCCUGUAAAGGCAACAGCAGUGAAAAGAAUGAGAAGCAAAGGCCAAGGUGGCAGCCACGUUAGGCAGGAGAUUUUCCUACUCCUGGAAUCUGGGGGCUCGCCAACCUUUUCCCAUUCUCUCCUAAGAAGCACAUUGGUACUUAACUGUUCUUUGAAGCCUGUUUACUCCUGUACAAAUGGAUCAGAUAAGACUGAGGGUGGGUGCCAACAAUGAAUAGCUAGAUUUUAAAAAAAGGGAUGAUGCAGAGUGGCUGCAAUUUGAGUGGCAGGAUAUUGGUGCUUUGUGGUUCCCCAGUGAGGUUUGGGCCGCUGUGUGUUUCCUUUGCCACGUUGAUUUCCAGCCCCACCUUCUCUGAUGUGUCAACUGAGCCUAUUCCCUUUCCAACUAAAUGCCUGGGUUCUUUAGAUUUUUCUUUGUAGUUCUUUGCUCAUCCAUUGUCUGUCUAUUUCUGGGCAAGUAUACAAGUUGGUAUAAAUUACACGUGCAGCCACUAGCCAUGAAACUAGAUAGAAGCCAACGGGCUUGUAAGGGGAAAAAACCCAGGCAUGACCUUGUUGUCUUUGAUGUGGAUCUAAAGGCUCACUUGUCAUUCAUCUUUUUAAAAUGUUUGUUUACUUACUUUUGAGGGUGGGGAGAGAGAGAGUAGAGUGAGGGGCAGAGUGGGAGGGAGACAGAAUCCUGUGCUGUCAGCACAGAGCCCAGGCAUGAACCCACGAAUCGUGAGAUCAUGACCUGAGCCGAAGUCAAGAGUCUGAUGCUUAACAGACUGAGCUGCCCGGGCGCCCCAAGGCUCACUUGUCAUUCAUCGAAUUUAAUAAACAUUUUGAACACUUGUCUUGUACUACUUACCCUGCUGGGCACUGUACAUGGUUUAAAGAUAAGCUAGGCCUGCUCCUCUCCACAGUGAUCCCACAACAAAUGGCAGUUUUUACUUCUUCCCUCAAUCUCUUCAGCACCCCCCGAUACAUUCAACCUAGAAAAAAAAAGGCACACUUGCUUUGCAGAUGUGGCUUCCAGACAAGUUCUCUAAGCCCCUUCCAGGUGGAUUCCUCCUGAAACCUGCCUUAUGUAGAAAUUCUGAAGCUACCACAGGCUCCGGAGGAGUAGACACCAAAAAUGCCCUCUGGCGCUGAAGGGUCAUAUACCCAAACCAUCUCUUCAUCUCUUUAUUCACACAGAAAAUAAGGAGCUUAAACUGAGGUUAAGAAGAGUAGAUUUCAUCCCACUUCUUGCUGUGAAUUUCUGGAAGCAUCCUGCCACCUUUUUGCACGUUGAGGAGAAUCCACCCUUGUCUGGGAGAUGAUGCAGUCUCCUCUUGGGCCUCCUCUCACCCUUUAGCUUUAAGAAUCCACUCUACAGCCGGGCGUCUGGGUGGCUCAGUUGGUUAAGCGUCUGAUCUGGGCUCAGGUCACGAUCUCACAGUUUGUGAAUUCGAGCUCCGCAUCAGGCUCCAUGCUGACCGCAGGCAGCCUGCUUGGGAUUCUCUCUCUCUCUGUCUACCCCUCCCCACUCAUGCUUUCUCUUUCUCUAAAUAAAUAAAUAAAUAAAUAAAUAAAUAAAUAAAUAAAUAAACUUAAAAAAAAAAAAGAAUUGACUCUACAGCAACUUAGCCAAAUUGAUUUAAAACCUGUCCAAUAUGGACUCCUGGAGUCAAUCUUUCUUGUUUGGUGUUCUACCCUUGGAUCAUUAAAGACCGUGACUGUGAAGAGCUUCUCACAUGUUGAGAACUUGACUAAAUAAGCAAAACAUGGGUCGGUGAAUGGGGGAGAAGUCUGCUCUGAAAAUUGGAGUCCCGAGAGACCGAAGUCAGCACAUUUGCAGCAUCAUGUCGGGGAGAGGCACUGUGCAGAAAGCACAGUGCUUCAACCACAAGAGAGGCUCCCUGUGGCACAGAGGGGCAAUUCCAUUGGGCAGAACCCUCCCACAUAAUUCUGCAUCCCUGUUCUGACUUUGAGUUCACUAAGGAGGAUUCUGAUAAAAAACUCAGCUUCUUUUCCUAAACACGCUGACAUUGGAAAGGAAAGCCCCUGGAUAGGGAGCAUGUGAAUUCCAAGUUCUGGAAAGGGAAUUUCUGAAUUCCUCCAUUAUAAAUUAGUAAGUUAAUAUACUCAUUUAUUGGCCACUUGUAUGUUAAUUUGAUCAGAGUAAGGUCAUCACUAAGCAAAUCUGAUUUGUCAGGCUGAGGAUCAGUCUCUGGAACUUGUUGCCUUGAGAUGCUUGACAACGCCUUUCCCGUGACCACCGCCUAUGGCAUCUCUCCAGGGUGCCUCCCCAAAUUCAGGCACGGUCCCCAUCGCUUUCACCCAAGGAUGAGGCCAUCCAUCAGACUGGGUGCUCGUUAGGCCGUGGGUUUUAAAGAUUUUGUGUCUUUCUCCUCCCUACCACCCUAUGACAGACAAUAAUUUACUAAAAAGCGGAAUGGGGUAGAGGAAGCUGGAUUAUGCAAUUUAACAGGAUCAUUGAGAAACAAAGGAAGGACUGCAGGCCCUCUUAAAUCAUGAUUGGGUGUUUGCUCUGAUUUGCUGGUGGGGACUUGAACAACACUUCUCUGACCAAUGAGCGCUCCCCCAUGAUGCUCCUGGCAAAAGGGGGAGAAAGAAAGAGAGAAACCCACCAUUAAAGUCAGGCUAACCUCCUCUUUGAAAAACUCUGACCUGGAUGAGGGAUAAACCCAGAAGGAAAAAAAUUUGAAAAGUUUACUUCAGGUUGAGAAUUUCUAAUUCCACCACUUUUGUGUGUGUGUUGUUGCAUGAUAGACAUGACAGCAUCUCCUCAUUAUUAUGGAAAAUAUAGGGUUGGUGUUAAUUACUAUCUGAAUAUGAAUGGGAGCAGAAGUGGGCAUAGCCUGCACUGGCCUUUCUUUGACAAGGUAUAACUUUCUUCUGAAUUUCUGUGUUAAUUAAUGCUUAUUUAAAAACCACUUUAAUUGGUAGUAAACACCUCAACUUUUUGUACUCAUUAAAAUGCAGCCAUUGAUGUGUGAUGGAUUUUUUUUAAAGCUUAAUUAACUUUCCUUCUGUAUAUAUAACCUAUAAUAAUGACAAACAUAUUGGGAAAAAAUUACCCCUGCUUUUUCCCCCUCUCUCCCUACCCCCAUUAUAAAGACAUUUUUAGCUAGGGAUGUCUCACUUUGUUAGGAUCAGAUGCCAUUAAUUUGGCAUUUUGGAGAAGAGUAGGUGGCAGGAAAUCAAAGCUUUUGAGACAUUGGUCAUUUCUAAACCAAAUACUCAUAUUUGUAAGGCAGAAAGAGUAUUUAUUUAAGUAAAAAGUUUAAAGAAACCAAUACCCGAGAUGACCCAAGACUUGACUGGACUAUCUUUGUGGAAAAUGUAAAAUUCUUAAGACGUUCUUGGAAAUGUUUUCUUGGAGUGGUUAUAGUUGUGUAGAAAUCAAGUAAUUCAUCUCUCCCCUUUUCCAUUAGAUAUAGUCAAUAUUAAAAUAAUAAAACUACCUUAGGGAAAAUUUGGAAAAUAGAACAAUUAGUAUAGUUUCACCUACCCUCACACAACAGUUUUUAAUUUUUCAUAAUUUCUUUGCAUUCUUUGUCCAUAGUGGGCACAAAAUUGUUAAACAGUAAAACCAUAGUCAGCAGGUGUAGAAGGAAAUCAGCAGGAGCAUAAUUAGGAGGAAGAAUUGACCUUGUGGUUUAACAGCCAUUGGAUAGUAGACUCGGGUUUUAUCAAGAGGGGUGGGUGCUAUAGCUCUAGGGGCCAAGUCAUACAAGGGCCACAGUGGGGAGUUUCAGUCACUUAGUCUCUUAGAGUCUCUGCUCUUGGUCAACAGGGAGACCAAGUCCCAUCAUCUGAUCAGAUUCUGACUUGUUCACACCUUCGAAUUAUAGAACUCCUGUUGAUUGCAGUCUCAGACUCAUUGGUGAGGACGAUUAUCAGAGUUUCUUGUGACUUUUCAUAGUUUAAUUUUAAUAUUUCUUGAGCAAGUGGCUGUCUAAAAGCAUUUAAGUCUCUGGAGAGGGCACAGUGGAUGACUGUAGAGACAACAGGUAUUACAAGAAUCAUCAGAAGGCCUUGGAUAGUGCUUAUUAGUCCAGAUCCUGUCUCACCUAGGAUCAGUCAGGACAACAAUUACAUCCUCCACCAAAGGAGAAGAGAGGUUUGAGAUCAGUAAAUUUGUCCAACACUUUGUUAAUUCUCUUGAUUUACCAAGGUGGCAUCUGGAAUAACAUUAUUAGUGGAAGGAGUUUUAAGAAUCUCAUUUCAACAGAGUUUCAAACAAACAGAGAAGAGAAAAGAUAGUUAUGAAAGGGAGGAAAAAGAGAUAAAGAUAUGGCAGUCAGUGGCUUUCUGUGUUCCAGGGUCUUGAUAGGAGAUCAUAGGCCAAAGCUGUCCAUGUCUAGCUGUGUGCUGCUUGAUCAAGAUUCUCAGGAAAGCUGUCUCCUUGUGAUGCCAUUGGCUUCAGAAGAAUCCUGAGGGCGUCUCAGUUUUAAAUUUCCUGUCCAUAUCGAAGUCUAGAAUGUAGGUAUAUAUAUCUUGGAAAUCGUGAAUCCAGUGGGGGCGAUUCCUUGGAAUUUCACUGCAGUGUUUGCACUUAAUGGUACAUGAUACGAUUCCUUCUGAGAGGUACACUCUCUUUAAAACCAACACAGAAAGUAGAUAAGGCAAUUGUGCUAUUGGACAUCAGAGUAAUCCUGGAAGGUGAGAUCUGAGAAUGGCUUCACAGACUAGGUUUUUAACCACUCAAUGUUGAUAUGAAAGAUCUCAGGGAAAGGUGCUAAGAGAUCUUGUCUUGUAUUUAUGCUCUUUUCAUAUCUGAAAAAAAUUCAUUGUCAAAUUUUGAUCUAUAUAUUUGACACAAUAUUGAUAAUCAAAUAGAUUGAUAGAGUCUAAGGAGUCCCAGAAGAUAUGUUCCUAGGACAAUCCUUAGUUCUUCAGUGAACUUUUGUCUUUUCUUCCUAGGGGUUGUGAAGUCCUUAACUAAAUUAUGCAAAUCUAAUCUUGACCAAGGAGUAGAGUUAUAAGUCCAUUGUCCCCCGACUGAUGUUAAAAAAAAAAAAAAAAACCAUUGUGAAGA